CACUGUCCUAACCCAUUACGCAUUUCCCAUUCACUGCCCGUCGCCAUAGCAGCAAUCAACCACAUCAUCACAUUCUCUCUCUCUCUCUCUCUCUCUCUCACGUUCUGACAGUUCCAUUCCCCUCCUUCUCUCUCCCUCUCAUUCAGCGCCCCUAUCCUCCCCCGGUCCUCAUCCCCCACCGACUCCAGCUCUCUCAGGCAGGGCCGAUUUCGCCUUGUCUCGUUUGUUGUCUGGGUUCACUGCUGUUGGUGGCGGUGUUGCACCUCACUGCUUCUGCGUUUCAUUGAUGCAUUAAGAAGUUACAAGCUUGCUGCAAGCCCUUUGUUUAUGUUCUUCCUUUGAUUCUGUUUUCGUCUUCUCCCAUGUCGUGAACUGAUCUUGGUGAACCUUAGAUUUAGAUAUUGUUUGGAUCUGAAACGGAUUAUUUUCGGGGAGAUGCCUGUCUUGUGAAUGCGAGCAUUUGUCAAAACAAACUGUAAGCAAUGGGUGCGGCCAACUCCAAAGUUGAAGAAGAUAAAGCCCUGCGACUAUGCAGUGAAAGGAAGAAGUUUGUUAGGCAAGCCCUUGAUGGAAGGUGCUCUCUUGCAGCUGCCCAUGUCGCUUAUGUCCAAUCCCUGAGGAACGCGGGAACUGCCCUGAGGAAGUUUGUUGAACCCGAAGGUCCAAUGGAAUCUUCUUUGUAUACUUCAACCAGUGCAACACCUGAGCCUCUUGCAUUGACCGAGAAGUCCGUUUCACACUUCUCAUUGUCGCCAGCUCCAUCAUUAUCACGGCGGCUGGAUAAUGCUGAAACUUUUUCACCAACUCCAUCUCCUCCUACCUCGCUUAGGGUAAAUCACAUGAAAUUCCGGGGCAGUUAUUCCACGAAGGUUGAAGAAAGACCCGCUUUACCUAUGAUAAGGACGGUGACCUCAUCAGCCGUACCUAAGGAUACACCUCAUUCCACAAAUAAGCCUGAGACCUCAGCAUUUGAAGAUCCUCAGGUGCCACUGGGAACUUCACCAUGGGAUUACUUUGGCCUUUCCCACCCUAUUGACCAGCUAUCUUCUCAAGAAAGGAAAUGGGGGGGACAAGAAUCUGAGAAUCUCGAUCAUAUAGUAAGGCACGAGGAAGACAAGCUGAUUUUCCAUGAAGAAGACGAGAAUGAGGCUUCUGUUUCUGGAACCGAGGGAUCUAGGGAUUCAGAAGAUGAAUUUGACGAGCCAUCCACUGAUACUCUUGUUCGCAGGUUCGAGAACCUUAAUCGGGUGAAUGGUCAGGGUGUUGGUAGUCCUUCAACAACUAUGCGUUCGGCAACAAGCAUUGCUUCAGAAACUGAGUUCUUGAGAGAUGAGGGCAACUCUCCUGAUUUAUCUCCACUGCGGGACACUUCUUCAGCAGCUAAUCUGGGUACUAACUCAAAGAAAACCCCCAUUAAAGAAGGUCAAACUGGAACAAAGGUUCCACCAAAAGAGUUUGUGGCUAGCAUUCGAGAUAUUGAAUUUCUCUUUGUGAAAGCAUCCGAGUCUGGUGGAGAAGUUCCUAGAAUGCUAGAAGCAAAUAAACUGCAUUUCCGCCCAAUAUUGCCAAAGAGAGAAAGUGGGCCGCUGGCUUGUACAUACUUUAGGGCCUGUUUUUUCUGUGGGGAAGACCGUAGGCAUGUUCAAGAAGAGCCCGCUCAAGCUACAAUAAAAUACUUAACCUGGCACAGAACUGCAUCAUCUCGAUCCUCUUCGUCUAGGAAUCUUCUUGGGAUGAAUCCAAAGGAAGAUUCUGAGGACCCCAGUGCUAGUCUCUUUGAUAAUUUCUGCAUGAAUUCGGGGAGUCAUGCCUCCACAUUGGAUCGGUUGUAUGCAUGGGAGAGGAAGCUUUAUGAUGAAGUCAAGGCUAGUGAGUUGGUUAGGAGGCAGUAUGACAUGAAGUGUAGACAUUUAAGACAACUCCAAUCGAAGCGAGAAAGAUCUGAUCAAAUUGAUCGAACCCGUGCUGUUGUUAAGGAUCUAUACUCAAGGAUCAAAGUUGCAAUUCACAGAAUUGACUCAAUCUCGAAGAGGAUCGAGGAACUUAGGGAUGGAGAACUGCAGCCGCAACUCGAGGAGCUGAUCGAAGGCUUAAUCCGCAUGUGGGAAGUGAUGUUUGAAUGCCACAAGCGUCAGUUUCAGAUCAUCUCAGCAGCACAAAUCGUUACUGACUUGGCAGCCUCCAUGCGAUCAGAAUCGCAUCGUCAGAUCACCUUGAACCUCGAAAGCGACCUCAACUCUCUAGCCGUAAGCUUCGUGAAGUGGAUCAAUGCCCAGAAGUCCUACUUGCAGUCUAUAGACAACUGGCUCCACAAAUGUGUCUCGAUCCCACAGAAGACUACCAGGAGAAGAAGGGGGACACCAGCCCCACAGAUAAGGAAAUUCGGCCCUCCCAUCUAUGUAACCUGUGGUGUUUGGUUGGAGACUCUUGAUUCCCUGCCUACCAAGCCAGUCACAGAUUCCAUCAAGGCAUUAACGGUCGAGACAUCUCGCUUUUUGCCCCGUCAGGAUAAGAACAGAGGUAAGAGCCUUAGUCGGGCCCCGUCGACCUUGGGGAGGGCUGAGGAUGGAACAGAUUCUGCAGUUAAUAAGCUGAGGGAUGAUGCUUCAGAAGACUGGGGUUCGGGCUUCGACUGUUUCAGAUCAGGUUUGGUCGGUUUUCUGGGACAGUUGAAUGACUACUCUGAGGCCGCCGUGAAGAAGUACGCAGAGCUCAACAAAGCCAUAGAAAAUGCUAAGGCCGUUUAUGAGCAGUUCAAGUCCCAAUCACAACAGGUUCAUGAAGGCAGUUAGCGCACGAAGACAGCCCCUAUUGACGGAGUUGCGCGAAGAAUUGUGAUUUCGGGAAAAACCGAGUUUUGCUGGACGGGAUGAUGUAUAUGGAGAGUUUCAUACUUUAUUCUGAGAAGAUUCAUCGUCGUCAUAGAGAAUAAAAGAACUCCCGUGAUCUGUGGACUUGGUAUGUUCUUGGACUGCAUUACAUGGUGUUCAGUUUCGGGUUGUAAUUAUUAGGUAACUGGUGGGAUGGUGAGUAAGAGGGACAAAGAUUUUGCUAAUUGAGGCCCGUACGGUUCAUUUUUCUUUAACCCAUCGAAUACCUUCGUCUCUCCUUGAUCUGUAUUCCGACCGCGCAGAAGAAAUAGAUGAGAAGGCGGAAUUUCAUCACAGAAUCCGACCAUAUCACCGAA